GCAGAUAAUUGUUAUGAUCGACUGAUGUCCUUAGAUGUUGAGAAAUGCUGACCUCACUUUGACCCUUAGAACUUAUCAGCAAUAUGGUGGCCCCACUUCCGUUGCAGAAGAUCCUUGUAGUUGCAAUCAAGCAGCUGGUGAAACCUGCAGCCAAACUAAUGGUAGCAGCUGCAGAGACGAACACUCUGCUGCGCACUUGGAUCCUGGCUCCGAUUGGCCAGAGUAGUCACAAGGUGCAGGUGACGUGUCUUGCCUGGCAGAACAACCAGAAGAAGCCACAGGUCAUCGCCCCGCUCACCGAGAAGCGCGCAGUACAGACAGGCGCAGACCUAUUUCUAUAUGUAGUUGUCAUUGGUCUUUUGGCGGUCAUAUAUUUGUACGAUGACGGAAAAGCGGCUGAAAAGAAGAAGAAACAUGAAGAAAAAUUGGCCACUUUCAGAAACGACUUAGAUUUGUUCGCAGCCAAAGUAAAAGAAAAAUCGAAUAGAAUGGGCGAAAUUGAUACGAAAUUAACACAGAUGGACAAAGAAGUCAGGUUAAUGGAGACAAAGAAACUAUAACCACAUGGAACUAAACAAUUCUAUUUAGCCAGAAACGUUUUGAACUACUUCUGAUGGAUCAAAUGAGACUUGAGACUUUUGGCUAGCGUAGAGUUGCAGUAGGAUUGCUUUCAUAAAGAACCAAAGACUAAUGACGAAAGUCUUGAACUUAGAUCGAAUGCUAGAAAAGUAUUUAAUUGAUCCUUCCUGGCACUAACUCAUUUUCUUUCUUCAUCUGACCAUUUGAACUUAAAGAUGCUGUUCAUUUUUCUUUUACAAAGAUGCUGUAAUUUUACUCUAGAUUAAAUAUAUAACGUUAAGUAAACAGUUUUUUCACGGUAUAAAUAUUUUAAAAAAUAAUGGAACGUUUUGUGCGCAUGGUCCUUUCAAUUAGUUAGCGAAACUAAAUGAUCGCUUGCAAUCAUAUGAUUUGCUCUUUUUGCAGGAAGUGAUUUAGAGUAUUUUACGGUGACUGAGUUUUCGUGCAUGUGUCAUUUUGAACCACCCCAUUGAAUGUGCAAUAGAGUGGAUUAAAGAUAUAGUAUGCUGGCUUCUAGGAGUUGUGUCAACGUUGAAAGGACACAACUGGUUGGAAACAAGUGGUCCCGAUUGAUCCUUUUAAUGAAAUGCAUCCUUUUUAACUAUUAAGAGGAAGAAAAAGAAACUCGUGUAACAAAGCUCUGGAUGAAAUAGAUCUAAAUAGUUUUUUAUCAGUUUUUUUUUUUACAUAGUUGCACAUUAUUUAUUUUGUGUAUAAAUUGCAGCUUUUGGCUCAUAUUAAAAACUGUUGUCUCUUUGAGAAUAGUAGUUUUUAGCGGUCUACUGGCUUAUUUUUGCAAACCACGUGAAACUGCUUGUCCAUUCAUUUUAAACUGAAAAUAGUCAUUUUAACCGGGUGAAUUUAUCUCCUAAUUUUUCUUUAUUAGAAUUUAUUUAUUGUUAAAACAAACAUUUUUUGUUUACUUUUCAGUUUAUCAUAUGAGUGUGCUUCACAAAUCAAUUUUAUUCGAGCCGUAGCGAUGGAAAUUCGAUGGAGUUCCAGUGGAGUUAUUUAAAUCGAUAGAAAUUUCAAAUCUUGAUAAGUUGUUGUCUUUGUGUGAAUCAACAUGGAGACAGCGCUGUGUCUGUUGGCGAAGGAUCCGGCAGUUGCCAAGAACAAAGCCAUCAAGGAGUCAUGCACAACUGCUGUCGAAUUGCUGGAGAACGAGGAGCAGGUGAACAUGAUUCCGAAAACAGAGUUGAGAACAACGAGCAUGGUGCCCCUUCUUCUGGCACUGGACUCGAAGAACAGCAAGCUUUGUGGGUAUGCGAUCGAUGGUCUGAAGAAGCUAGUCACCGAUGCCAGGUUUUUCUCCCUCACUCAGGAGGAGAAGUACGAGGAGCAGAUGACGGCACAGGUGCUCAGCUGUCUCAACAGUUGUCCACAGCUGCCAGAUGAUGUGCUGGUCGCAAUCAUGAAGUUUCUUCUCAAUUUCUUCAAUUCUGACGCCUUUCAUAUUACAGAAAGAAGCAUGUGUUCAGCCGUUGAGCUAUGCUUGGCAGUGCAGAAAACGAGUCUCCUGAGUGGUACCAGGACUGCCAUCAGAGGCACUCUUCUUCAGAUGAUCAGCAACAUCUGCUACCAGCUGCACGAUAAGAAGUCCAGCUGUGCAGCCACUAUCAAGUCCCAACUAAACGCCAGGCAGUCUGAGGCCCAAAUGGAUGUACCACUAUGUACCGGGUGCAACAAGGCGGCAGAAAAUGAGGAAAUCACCGAAGAGGGAUAUCAUCAAACUGAAAGCAAUCAGUUUUCGGCUGAGCUGGAAAGUCAUCACUUUGUGCAUGCUCAACAGAAGGGCAUGAAUUUACUACGCAAUGACGUAAUAGAAACCCUUAAAUAUUUAGUAACGAAAGUGGAAUCCUUUCAAGAAUCAUCAAACUCAUCCACGGUGGUACUGAAUUCGCAGAAAUUGGAAUUAUGUCUCGAUAGUUUACUUACAGGGCUCCGAUGUCUGCCAAAUUCCAUCAAUUGUUCACCCCAGUUCCUUGAGUUUGUUUGGCAGAAUUUGUGCCCAACUUUAAUAUCAAUUCUUGGAAACCCAAGAAACCUGAAGACGGUAUCAAAUACGCAUGAGGCUAGUGAGAAUGUAGCGACGGGUUCGAGCAAAGGGUCAAUAGCAGGUCCAGUAGUUGGUGGGUCUUCAGCUUACGAACUGGGAAGAGGUUCUGGCGUGUCGAGUUCUCCGCCAAACAUGAUUGGAUCUAACGCGAGAAACAUCUAUGCCAUUGCGGGCGAGCUGCUUCGACUGGUUGGAUGUCUCAGUUCGAUGCGUCCAGUGCUGCAGAGUAUGUUCCACAGAAUCCUGCUGUUUCCCCCGCCCAACUACAGGCUGGAGGCACUGAGGGCAGUCAAUGAGUACUUCCAGAGCCCGAUGAGGGUGCUGGACAUAUGUGGACCCACUAUUCAGGACACCCGCGUCAAUGAGAACAGGGCUAGGAGAGACUACGACACUGAUUUGCUCAAGCUCAUUAUGGAUGGAAUCUGCGAGGCAGUGUACAGCUACAACUCUCAUGUGAGCAGUGAGGCAGUUGGUUGCAUUGUGUCCUUCUUGACCACUCUGGGCAAAAUCAGUUGGGGUGCAGGGUUCCAGCAGUACCAGAUAGACGAGAUCAUCUCGAGAUGGGCGGAUAAUCUGGAGCUGAUGAGUCCAGAUGAGAUGUCGGUCAAGACAAAAAAGUUCGUGAGGUUUUCUAAAGAGCUAGUUCAGAAGAGAACGUUCAACACACACAGCCGAGCUGACGAGGACUUAUUUCGGAGAGAGUUCGGUUCGAUGCAACAUGACAACGAGGGAGCAUUCGACGAGGAAAUUAUAGCAAUAGGUCAGUUGGAUCGACCUUAUUCUCAGUCCUCGUCCACUAAUAGCAACAGAGAUACGAGGGAAAGAGUGGAUGAAGCAUACGAAGAUGUGGACAUCACAGAUGUUCUGAAGCAGGGACUUGGUGGACCUCAGGGGGGAGAAGGGAGGGUGUCCAGUGCGUCGAGUGACCAGAAUUCAAGCGAAUCCAUUGUCCUGCCCCCAGCCCCUGUCAUUGGAUGUCUAAAAAACAUCGAGGAAAUGUCUCUAGCCGAGGAACUCAAGAACUCAGCAAAAGUUCAGUCUAGCAGCCUGUCGUUAAAUACCGCCGGAGCUGGGGAGGCACUAGCGACAGACUUUAGCCAUGUGCUGGACUCCCCUGACGAAGAUGAAGAACAGUCUGUGAAUCAUGAUCACGAGUCUGCACAUUCGGAGUCAUGCGGUGAGCUUCACUCUGUCGGGACUCCUGAUGAAGACGAAAGAGAAGAAGACUCAACAAUGACUCACCAAACUCACAAUAUAGUUACAAAUGAAGACGAAGAAGACGUGUUUCACGAGAAUGAGAAUAAUGAACAACUAGGAACAUUAGAUGAGCUGAGUCGCGAAGAGUCUUCGGAAGUUGAAGAGGAACCACAUCAUGAUGAAAUGACAUCGGUGGAUCCCGGAGACAACAGAGUAAUUCAGCACAGUCCAAUGAGCUUCGAGUUUGAUGACUCAUUCAGCCUUAGACUGAACAACUCGAGUGGACCGGUUUUUAACGCACAGGCUUUUGCGGUAACAGAAUCCAGCAACAAACAUGGGGAGGAUCGACCAGUGAAAGUGUUUGAUAUAACAGAUGACCCAGAACAAGGGCUAAAACUGACCAAAACGCUGCCAGACAUUGAGAGUGAACGUCAGGCCCUUGAACGACGUGUAGAAGUGGAACGGCUUGCUCAAGAGAAGGUGGAAGAAGAACGUCAAUGUGCUAAUGAUUACUUGCAGCACCUGAUUUCGGAAUUGCCGAACUUCCUCCGAAUAACUGACCGGUUCCAACUUGACCAAGCGCUGUUGAAGUUUGCGUCAGAUUUUUGUGCAGAAGUGGCUGAACACCAAAGACAGCAGUCGAAGCCCUCGUUUCUAUUGCGAGGACCGGGACUGGAGAGAUCUGAUUCGGUGCAAAGUAACAAUAACUCGAUGUUGAUUUUGAAUGCAGACGGUGUUUACAUAGCGACUUAUUACACCCUGUUGCUGAACUUGAAACUGAUUGGUAGUCACUAUUACGAGAAUAACGGAGGGAGGUUACCGCUUACACAGAAACAGUUCAUUGAAGAAAUUCACGACAGCGGAGUGUUGGUCUACCUGUCUUCUACUUGGCUGAGUGAACUCUACAAGUUGAUCAUCUCUUGUGACAUUCUGGGCGAGGGAGGAUACACCACACAAGAUCCCAGAGUGAAUAAUGCACUCAUUCUCAUGCUUACUGAUAUUGACGGAAUGGGCAAUUUGGAACUGGGUGGUAUGAUGUUGCAUAUGAGUGACAAGACGAACGCCAGUCUGAAGAAACGAAUACAAAAUGAGCACAGUCAGGCCCUGAACGCUGGACUGAAGUUCUCCCGCCGAAUUCUCCUGGCAGUGUGGGAUACUAUUCUGGAUGUGUUGGCCCAGCCAUUGAGAUCCAAGACACUCUCUGGGGUGACCAGUAUUGCUAUGUUAAUUGUGGAGGGGACGAAGGAGAUCACGCAGAGAGAUAGAGAGGCGAUAUGUCUGAGUCUGGAGGGAUUGAGGAAUGCGGCUCAGCUAAGCUGUGCUUUGGGCGUGCCUUCUCUGUGCUCAUCCGUGUUCCUCCUCAUCACAAAUGCAUCGUGUGCCAUCGACCACUCAUCUCAAGGAGAGUGCACUUCCUCCACAGGUCAGAAGAUCAACAAGAAGUACUCGAAUGAAACAGCCUUAAGUGCCUCCUCUCCUGGCCUGCCAAUGAAGCUGCAUGCCAGUCACGUAUUGAGCAUGGAGGCCCUUCUGAGUGUGGGGCUGGAGAUAGGAAGUCACUGCCAUGAUUGUUGGAAGUUCAUAUUCAGAUGCUCUGCAUAUAUUGCGCAGUUGGAGCGCGCUUACUUCAGUAACGGAGCGGUGCAAAACUUCUCAACUUUUGGAAAAGUAAAAACACUGUCGACCAACCUCCAGCAGUCCAACGAACACAAUCAGUCUUUCGACUCAGAACACGGAGAUGUCUCAUUCGACGUAUCACAAAUGUCAACUUCGUCCUCAAUUCCAGACUCAAGUGUGGCUGACAUUGUCAAUCAGGCCAGGGUCGAAAUUGGACUGGAAAGGAGCAAUCUGAUUGGAGGAGGCACUCUGAACCCGACUAAUGCAGCUAAAGUUGUUGCUUGUCUAAGUGCGGAAGUGGACAAGCUUUACGAAGAAGCAGCCGUCCAUUUAAAUCUUCAGGCGCUGCUACAGUUCCUCAAGGAGCUUAGAUUCGCGUCUCAGCUCCAGUUGUUCUCAAAGCUUUCGCCAGCGGAUGACUGUGGAAUCGCAAUUCCGACUAUGUCAAGUCGCUCGAUUCCUACCGGUGGAAAAAGCUGCACAGCGCUCCAUUUGUUUAGGAUGGGAGAAAUCAUUCUGAAAUGUAUCAGAACUAAGCGUCCUAUAUUGCAUGUAAUGCGAGCUUGGAGUAUCGUGGCGCCACAUUUCGUGGAAGCAUCUUGUCAUCGAGACACAGAAGUCUCAAAGAAAGCAGUGUCAUCAAUUCAUAACAUCCUAACUGAGAUUCUGAAUCACUGUCCCGAAAACGCGCACUACAAUUUCCACGAGGCUUUAUUCAAACCUUUCGAAAGUAUGCUGAGGCUGGAGCUAUGCGACGACGAUAUCCAAGAUCAAGUGAUUUGCUCUAUUUGUGAGUUAGUUGAAGCCUGUCAGGAAAACAUUAAGUCAGGCUGGAGACCCUUGUUUGGCUCACUGCGUGCAGUUCGCGUCACAAAGCAUUCGAACGAAGAUAGCCAGCUUCCAACUGAAGGGUCAAUUGAGGCUAAAAUAUCACCAGUUUUUGACGUGUUUGAUGCUUUUCUAAAUACUGACAAUGUCUAUGUUUUUGCGAACGCUGCGAUAGAUUGCAUACUAUGUCUUUUGAAAUUUGUAAAAGGGUCGGGAGAUUUUGAUCCGUUUGAAGACGACUCGGCGUCAGAGAACGACUCGAGUAUUACGGAUCCGAACGGAGCUCAGUCCGCUGAACUAUGUCUGCCUGCGCUGGAGAGAUUGCUCUACUGCUCUAAUAUACUGGCUUCCAUUUACAAGAUGCCUCUGAAGCCGAUGUUCAGGGGGUCUAGGUCUGUGAAGCUGACAUCUAGACUAGCAGCUGAGACUGGAAGUAGCAGUGGUAAUGAAGUGACAGUCAAGGGGACAAGAUUGGAGGGUGAGAGGGGAGGGAGCAAACAGGGGACUACUCAGACUGUCAAUGUGGUCUAUGGAGUGUUCAUGCCUUCUGAUUUAGAACAAAUGGACGAUGAAACAGGUAUUGUUCGCGUGUGGUAUCUGUUGCUGGAAGGCCUGACUGGUGCGGUGACUACUUGUCCUAAAGAGUACCAGCCACAGACAUUGGGAUUGCUGUUUGAGUUGCUCAAAGCAGCGACAGAAAUUCCAGGGCCAGAGUUUGCAGUGUUUGCAGUGACUCAUCUGCUGUUGCCUAUGUUGCAUUCGUGGCUCAGGAGGGGAUCUUGUGUGCGGGGUUUCUGGGAGACGGCGGUGGCUAACUUUAGACAUGCCACGGGACUAUCAACAGAUCUAGUUGUCGACCAUAUCAAUCAUUUCGUGCAGAAUAAAAUUCCUUUGACCCACGUUCCAUUGAUGUUGACUCAACUGCUGGACCUGUUGGUGGAAUGUGUCGGACAGCCUAAUGAAUCAGUAGCUAGACUGGGCUGCUCCUGCAUCAAGCAUCUGCUGGUGUCCUCUGGACCAAACUUCACAGAGCAGAUGUGGUCCAUAUCUUGCAAUGGACUGCGCCAGGCUGUUAACAUAUCACUGUGUUUUGCGAAGAAACUCAUGGAGCAUUUCAAUCCAGGUUCGAUUGACUUCAAUGGGGACAUUGGGGUGGUGAAAGUGGCGGCAAGGAGGGAUUGCUCUGAGAUGGAAUGUGAGAGGCUCCAACAGUUGGCAAAACAGGUUUUCCUUUUGGAUUCGCAGUAUGCCAAUCUAGCCGCGUGCAAUACUCCAACUCAACUGGAACCAGAAGCAGAUGAGACCAGGUCAUUCGUAUUCAUCAUCUACCCACCCAAUGACUCUUCUAAUACAGCGGACUCUUCAAAAGUAGCUUCGUCGACUAACCUCAACGACUCCUCCCAGUCAACUCUCAGGGUGCCAUUCAGAAACAUUGUUGUGGGAUUGGUGUCUCACCAGCUGUUGUUACAGACACUGGGAUUGUUGCUUCUGUCGGGCUCUAAAAGUGAAGCUACGGAGACGGAGCAGAAUCUGUUGCCGAUCGAUGAAGCCAAUCAGAUAUCGGGAGGAAAGAGAAAGGAAGGCGGCUCGGCCCAACACAGCAAACUUCCUGUGUUUCUGGAUAAACUGAACAAGAAGCAGGUGAACAUUCUUUUGGAAUGUCUGCUUGACUCCUACAAGAUGGCGGCGGACUUCGAUGUCAGACCAGGACUGAAGUUCCUUAUCCAAAAGGUGGCCAAGAUAGAGGUGGCAGCCAAUCUCUACAGACAAGUGGGCGCUAGCUUCACCUUCUACAUGCAUGUACUUACUGAGAUGUGUAUCAGAUCCGCAGACAAACUGCCCCAGAACUUCAUCAAAGCUACGUUGAAGCUGGAACCCCUUCUUAACUAUCUUCCCACAUCUUCGAUCCAGUUCGAGCUAUCAGAACGUUUGUCAAUCAGUGAACUCAGCGACAACUCUAGCGCUACUCCAGACCUCCUAUCGCCCACCAAUUUCACCUUUAAUAACCAAAGUGAAGGUCAGACAAAGCAAAGGGGCUCCAAAAAGUCUCCUCAGGAGAAUAGAAUGGAUAUGAUGGAGAGGUUGAAACGUCUACAGGAGACGGCGUCUUCGGGACAACAGCCGGCACCCGAGCUCAGUUUCGCCCCUGCCGAGGAGACGGAAGGUGGAGUAGGGGGAACUGAGAGUGUGUCGGAUAGUAAGACUAGUCUAUCCAGUGGGGGAGGAGGGGGUCAUUGUGUGGGCGUGUCUUCAGGUAUGGAGUGGAUUGUAAAACGAAUGUACGCAAUGUGUGCAGAGAUAUCCGCAUCAUAUGUGCAGAUGCAUCUGGACAAACAAGGAGAUCUGGACUUGGAGAGGAUCUCGAGUCAGCCUCUGUUCCUCUUGAUCCCAGACGAAUCUAACCUCCCGAAACACAAGAAGUCUUUCCUCUUCAAAGAUUUCACGAGCGAGCCGACAAUAAAUGAGGAAGAUGAGCCUAUGGAAAUCAGGGCGCCGAACAAGAAGGAGUCUAUGGAAUGGGGUACCUUGCCAGUGGGAAUGUCGUCUGUCGAGGGAUCCGCAGGGGACUUCUACGAGGACUCGACCAAGAUGUACACUGUGGCCACAAACAAGACCAUCAAGAACAUGAUGAAGGAGUACAAAAAGAGGAAAGUGCAACAUUCGCGCUCUGUAUUUGUGAGGAAGCCUUUCCAGGAGAUGAAGGAUCCGGCAUACGACCCCAACAAGUCUGCGGACGACAACUACCAACAGGAUGAUCUUGACGAUACCUUGAUGGAGAUCUCUUUGCAGCAGAAGAGUUCCAUUAUCAGAGAUUCGGAUGCUAAGAUCCAGGCAUGGACUGAGAUGAUCACCGGCAUGAUCCAACUCAUUCAGUUUCCCAGCGAUCCCCUCUUCAAAGACCUCCUCCCAGUUACUUUCCCUGUCAUCAACCAGCUCAUGUGUCACGUGACCAACCCCCUCGUCAGACAGGCAGUUUUCGACUACAUGAACAGAAUUUCACGCAUAUACAACUUCGUUUAGAACUCCGAGCUCGAACUGAACUUGUGUGAAAGCAAAUAAAAAAACGGAUGCUUUAUGUAAACUACUAAGUAGCUAGUAGAGAAAUCAUCCCAUAUUUUGAUGCUGUUUCAUGUUUUAGCAUCUUGGUGUUUUCUAGCUUGAGUUUCAGCUUAAAAAUGGUGUAGAAUACGUUAUAGAACUAUCAUCAUUCCAUAGUACAUGAAUUAAUAUGUUACAACAAAGUAAUGUAAAUAUGUUUAAAAUGUUAUAUUUUGUUGAAUGUUCUGGGGUUUCUUUCAGAUUAUUAUGCUAUUAUUUGUGCAGUUAAUAAGGUCAACAAUUUUUGAAUUUAAUUUAAAAUUCUACAAAUGAAAUCUUAUAUAGAAUGUUAAUAUUGAUGUAACUAUGUUUAUGAUUUCCGAAUUGCUUUAUAUAGGUGAUUCCAAUUCAAUAUAUCCGAAA